AUGCCUCGCACUAAUGCCAUUGCCGAGAGCAAGGUGAAGCUUGUCCUUCAUGGCGCACGAGUGGCGCUUCGACAAGCGGGACUGAGCGCCAAAUUCUGGCCUUAUGCGUGCAAGCACUUUUGUCAUGCUCGCAACAUCGAGUUACGCGAAGGACAAAGUGCGUAUUCGCUACGAUUUAAUGGUGCCGAAUUUGACGGUCAGGUUCUCCCAUUCGGAUGUCUUGUAGACUUCUAUCCCACGCCGGCACGAAAACAAACCCGACGUAGUCAGAAAGAUGAAGUCGUACUCGGCGAUGGUGAGGAAUAUGCCGUACCUGCGCCUGGAGAUGAUGGAUUGGUCGAAGUCGAAGUUGGAUUCGAUGAUGAUGGUUAUCUCGAGUGGAUCGACGAUGGGGACGACGAUCGACCUGGCUCCCUCCAAGGACCAGACAUGGAUCAACGCCUAUCGUCCUACCAGCGCCCCAGCAAAUUCUCUCCCACGAGCAAACCCGGUGUGUUUCUGGGUUACCACUUCGAGAAUGGGGGCAGGUGGGAUGGUGACUAUAUAGUCGCCGACCUUGAAGAUUUCAAGCGCGACGCACUGCGUGCGAGCGUCCAUCAGGUCAAGAAGCUAUACUGCUCACCCAAGGAGCGAUGGACAUUUCCGAUGCUGGCUGUAUACGAUAAACAGACACGAUCAGUGUGCAUCGACGAUCCCGCGAUGCAUUCUAAUGUGCCUAAGCCAAGUGAGCGUCUUGACGCCUCCGACAUGCUCGAUCUCGAAGAUAUCGAUGAAAUCUUCGCCCUUGAUGAGUCAACGCGAAUGACCGAUGAUGAUAUUCGCCAAGCUCGCGAGGCUGAGUUACGAGCACAGUCCUCUCAUGGAGGAGGUGUUGACUACUGGGAGUAUGACCCAUCUGUGCAUAAAUGGACGUAUCACGUCAUUGUUCCAAGGAAAGCGAUGGUGAAUCCCAGUAAGACUCCCGGUUCCGUUGGGGAGUCGCCUGAUCCAUGGAAGCUGAGCACGGUGCGUAUAUCACAUGUUCAAUACAAGGACAAAAGCCCGGUUACGAUCUAUGAGACCGGGUAUGCCUUCGGCAAAACAAGACUCAUGCAGCUCUGGACCGGCAAUGUCGAAUUUUAUGAUGAGGGCUAUGCCCCACCCAAGAAGAAGUUACCUCCUUACCACGGGUCGGAGAUCCUGGAAGGCGAGGGGGGUUUGCCUUAUCGUCAGAGUGUGCCGCGUUCCGAGCGGGCAUAUAAAGGGUCUCGAAAACCGAACUCUAUCGAUUCAGAAUCCUGGCGCAGUAUGAACCGCGCCGAACGGGAGGGAUAUGUAGAGGCUGAGCGCCGAGAAGCUGAGUCUCAUGCCAUGUCCCGAGAGGAUUCUCGCGAUGCUGCUCCUGUCGACAUCGCUUACGAUUCUGAAUAUGAGUCGGGUGCCGAACGGCAUGACAAGGAUUACUGGUAUCACGAUGUCGCAGCUGGCACGAUCACCCGAUUUCAUGUGAUCGAACGCCGAGCGCGCUUCAACCCUACCUCCGUCAAAGAUUGUCCCGUUGAUCCUGCAACAUUGACCGAUGUCAGGAUGACUAUGGCCAUGACUGACGGUACCGAGUUCACAUUGCAGGACUCAUGGAGAUCAUCCGACACUCGGUCUCUGCCGUGUCGAUGGACGGGAAAGACGGUCUUCGUUAUCGGUUCUUCCGCCAAAACGCAGAUUAAAGUUCGAACCCGUAUGCCGAACGCCGAUGACACAGGGCGCCGCGUGCAGACUGCGAAUGGCUAUUAUGGACACGCAUUGCGUGCAAAGGGCCGUACUGUCGUACCUGCCAAAUCUCGCGCCUGUGUCGUUACGGAUCUUGAGUUUGAGCCCCCGGGUGGUAUGUCCGCCCCUCUUCAGCCGCUCCGCGGCAGUGGCCUCGAUGUUUGCCCGGCCAUGUACACAUACAAUGAAGGGGCAACUCAGUCCGGUGUUGACGUCCUUAAUCCUACCGACUACGAUAUUAUAGUCGAGCCCGGACAAGACGUUGCUGUGGUUCAGUUUUACACUUCCGUUUUGGCAGCGGUUGAACUCGACUUCAUCGCAGAAGACGUGGAAUGUGAUGUUUCUGCGCCGGUUGAACCAUCCGAUGACGGCCACGCUGUUGAUACGGAACCCAAGAAGGCGUUUCCCGAGCUGACGUUUGGUGAUCGCGACACCAGUGUCGCGCAGGGCUCUGUUGGUCCUCGAGAAAUUCGCAUGAUCAAAUACGAUAUGCGAUCGUUCAUGGAACAAUGUGUUUCUCGCUAUGUUGAGCUCUGUGGCCCUAAGUAUAAGGCCACCUUGCGGUCGGCUGAUACGCCAUUCCUCGAUGAAUCACGACCGGAAUUCGAUACCAAUCCGGAUCGACCUGCUGUGAACCGCUUAUUGGGCCAUCCCGCUGACACGCCUUAUAUGUUGGGCCGCCGUUUCCGCUUGCGGGUCAUGGAAGACAAUGAGGCCGCUAUUCGUGUCAUUAUCACUGGUCACAAUCCGAACAUGCGUCACAUGUCUCGUACCCAGCGUAUCGAUAUCUCUGCGCUGAACGAGCGUUAUCACGCUGGGGAUUUUCUGUUCGUGACGUGUCCCUCUCAAUUCGAGGCUGGUGAUAUUCUGACCAAGGCCUGCACUGAUGCUAAGGUGUGGGGCCGCAACCUUAUGUCUAUUGGUCAUUUUCGUAAGGGUACUCUUAUUUCCUCCGGUAUGCUGUCUGCCGCUCCCGCUCUCCCUGCUCUCCCCUCUGUCUGUCCAACCAGGGGGGUACAUCUUGAAACCGGUCAUACCCCCUUCAACGAUUUCAUCCUCGACAUGUCUCGUCAGGGGGGAAAGAACAAGCAGCCACCGAAGAAGGCUGCUGCCAAGACACCGGCUGCCCGAUCACCCCAGCCGAAGUCUCCCUCGCUAUGCAGGGAAGGCCUUCCGAGCGGUGCGAUCGCACCGACUACGGAAAGGCCUCCUGUUCCGCCGAUUCCCACGGAGCAGGAUGAUUCCAACAUGGGUACCGAUGAAGCCCCUGUCCCGAUUCAGACCCCGAGAGACGAGUCCACAGGGGGUGGAAAGCGCUCCGAGGACAUUCCGAUAGGAUUGAGGAUGAAGAUGAUGAUGCUGAAGAUUGGGAUUCAAGAGAUCCCACAGGCCUCAAUCUGGCAACGCCUCGAGCAGCUGACAUGCAACUCUGGGUACGAUCUCAAGCUGCACCAGCUGGUUGACUCCUUCCUUCUCACUACUCAUCCGCUUGCGGAUAAGCAGAGGAAGCAGUACCCCCAAGAGUUUAUGGACUUCAUCGACCGAUACAGGGUGAUGUGCGCUCUUGCAUUUUCCCGAGUGGCGACGUUGUCUGGUGACGCCGCGGGGGUCCGCGAGAAAAUGGACCUUACGAUGGCGCUGGCUCGCCACUGUAUGCUUUUCCAAGCGCAAAGCUUUAAGGGAUCCCGAGAUAUGCUGAGCAACGAUACGCUCCAGCUCAUGGGAACCUGCUACAUCCCGUCGCCUCUUGCGAGCUGGAACCGAAAUCUCAUGGGAUAUAGCAGUUCGACUGCUGAACAGCGAUGGUUGAGGACCGAUACGAGUAUCAAACACAACGACCUCACCAAGCUGUCGCCCAUUGAGUUGUCAAGGGAGGCGGUCAGCCAGGCUGAAGCUGUGAAGUUCUUCAAGGGAUUUCUGCAGCUCAGGCCGACGCUAUCGUUCAUCCCUGGAGCGUUUCUGGCGCUCAAGGCUCUUAACCGAUUUCCCACGCUGGACUCUUUGAAAGAGCAAGCAACUCACCUCGAUAACGAUCGUAAGGAACACGGCUACGAUCUUCCUGCCGUGGACGCGAACGGGAUCGGGGAAGCAGCCGCCUUUCGCAACGAAGACGACGAUGGGAAUACCCCGUUGAUGCGCGGGUGGGUCUCGUUCAUGAAAGCGAUGGUUGAGGCCUACCCCGGCCGGUGCGUUAGCAUCGAUGAUACGCUCAACUGGGGAGCCAGCACCCCUAUGACCUAUGAGGACGGUGCGGGGCAGACCACCAUCCGCCCGACUGAUGGAUGGGUGUAUGUCCCCGCGAUGAAUUCGGACAUAUACGAUCCUCAGGAAACGUUCCUUCACGGAACGAACCUCCGAUACCUCUGGUCGAUUCUUGCACACGGAGGUCUGUUCGGGGAGGAUUACGUGACGGACGAUCAUGGAAGUCACGAACCCUGCGUCUGGGUGACUGGACACGCUUCCGAGGCUGCCGGUAGCUACGCGUCUGGCACAUACCUCGGAGGAGGAUACUGGUUUCAAGUGAUGAUCUGCGUCUCCCGGACUGUGGUGAACACCCACGGUCGCACGACGAAGAAGCUGGGAGGAUCCCAGAAACAGAUCCGCGUCGGAACUCGAUUCCUCGAGCUGUGCGGGAUCGCGUUCAGGCCCUUCCGCCUUCUGGAUGACCGCGAGCAAGGGGUUUCUACCUCUCCACAAUACGUCAUCCAUGGUCACCGAUUCCUUAGUGCCGACGGGACAAAAGCUGUGGCCUGGCACCCAUGGAUGGAAGCGAGCCCGAUUGAUCCUCGCAUUCUGAAGCUGCUGGGAGAAAGCGUCGCUCGCGACAGUGUCGAGUUUGCCGACCUCACGAUUCAAGGGGGCAACACUACUCAACAGGUUGCUUCCACCGAGACGGAACAAUCUAGGGCGACCGCGGCUGACGAUCAGGCUGCGGAGGGUGGAAAUGAGGCGACGGACCGAGUCACAGUCCACCCAGCAGUGCUUCGCCGCAACCACUGGAUGCCUGACUCUCACGGGACCAGUGAACACGCCACUGUCGGUGGCAGGUAUGCCUUGCUAUCCGAACUUCAAUCCUCCAGCUACCGAUUCGAGCUUGCUCCAUUCUUUCAGCUUCGAGCACCCAUCAUGGGAGAGGAAGGAAGCCAAGGUUUGCCAAAGCCUGCAAGGCUCGAGACGAUUGUCGGAGGACCCUCCAAGGAGUGGGAGGCAUGGUGCAGACACUACCGAAAGGCAUACGGUGUCAUGCUCGGGAACUUCGGCUACACGCCCGCCAAGAGCCUCAAGAAUAUCCCGUACAGAGAAGAAGGAACAACGGAUAUUGUUAGUGCGCCGAUUUGGAGCCCGGCCGAUGCACUUGUGGCCGUAUCGAUCCAUGGGGUCAGAACGGUCACGACCAUGGCCUCCACGAUUGCAUUUGGGGGUGCACCGCCAACGAUCAAGCCGGCGGUGCCCAGCAAACCGCAGAGAUUCGUUGUUAUGCACGAUGGCCUGCUGUCCUUCAAAUCUGCCAAAUCUUGGCAUGAUGGUGAGAUGAACGCCCAUCUGAAGAACGCGCUGACGAAUUUUGGGUUUCCUGAUUCGGAGGUGCGCGUGCAGGCGUUCGGCGAGGACAACAAGCUCAAGGAUAUGGUCGACACUCUCGCGAUGAUGCAGAGCGAGACCUCCAUCCCGCCAUCGAAUGUGCACGUCCUCAUCCUUUGGAGAGGAGAGGAUCUGUGGAAGAUAGACCAGGGCUGGAACAAGCUAACUGGCGACAUCGAUAUGGCACGAUCUCAAUAUGCCAAGACGACCGCCCGGGAUGCUCUCGAGAAGUACAAUACGAUCUACGGAUCGGUGUCCCUUUGCGGUCCGGUGUCGCCGAGCAUGGUGUACCUUCCGACUCUCCCUGGCCCUCUCUUCGAGAAAUACAGAGAGGAGAUGAGAUCGAUCUGGGACGCGAUCAGGAGAUCCAACCUCCUUACCCUGUCUUUUGACGCUAUCCUGGAAGGUCUGCCAUACCUGAAGGGAUAUCACAUUAUGCAUGAGUCCAAGACGAUUGGGGUCCUAUGUACCCGCAUUUGCUCGAUGUUCACUCUUGCUGCUCUCGCACGAUUUCCGUCUUACGGGACCCGCCGGGAGUAUGAGAUCGCUGCCGAGAAGAUGUGGGCACGCACCCCAGUCCCGGUAGAGAACUCGCCUGGCGCGGUGAAGGCCAUUGUGCACUCCACUGUGCAGGACCUCAUCGAUGGUGCAGAUCGCGGCGCCGAUCAUCAAGCCGCAGAGACUGUCGACAUGAAUCAGCUAGGUUUCGAUGAUGACGAUGAUGACGAUAUGCCUGACGACGUAGGUCCGACCGCUCCCGGGAAUCCGAUCAAACAGGAACAGGGAACAUUGGCGGAUCUACCGGGUGUUCGUCAUCCGGAUCCGAUCGAGCUUCCAGCUACUCCCGUGCCUGGCGAGGCAAUGCCAGUGUCACCUGGCCUUGCUCCGACUGCCAUGAAUGAUGAAGAAUCUGGCAGCAGUUCCGAUGAGAACGAUCAGCAAGGGGAUGGUGACGCGGCAAUGCCCACAGUCAAAAAGGAGGAGUCCGAUGAAGAGUUCAAUGGGCUUCUCGAAGGAAUGACUGAGGAAUUCGCGAAAAUGCCCACUCCUCGAGAUGCCGAGCGAACUGUCGCUGCCAAUCGGGACGCUGCACGACCGCCUGCCGUGCCCUCGAUUCCUCUCUCUACGAUGAAGAAGCCGAAGCCGGUUGGUGGCGAGGAAGCCGCGGGGCCCACCGCCGAUAAUCGACAAGCUUAUGCGCACUUCGAGAGCCAAGUCAGUGAAGCUGAAGCUCGCCGCGAGCAAGCUGCGGCAAUGAAAGCGCAUAUCUCUGAAGUGGCAAAGGGCGCCGCCGGUGUUGAAAAUGCCGAACAUCUUCGAUCCAUUGCCGAUGGGCUAGCCAAGGUCUUGGACCCGAACAUGAGCGAUGACAAUGUGUUUCAGGGUGCCUUGUAUCCCCCGGGUGACUAUGCGCUUGACGCUGUCACGAACCGACUGGCUCAAGGCAGACGUCGGGUUGAAUCGAACAGCAAUCUCAUCAGGGAGAUGGCCAGCGACCGAUUCACGCCUGUGCUCAUCAACCGAGACACUGGUGAGACUGUGUCUGCCAUCGAUGCACGAUGGACUCCAGAGUAUGGAAACAGGGGGGAGCUUGAAGCUAAGGUUGGUGCGAUCAUUUCCAACCUGGAUGCAGUGGUUGCAAGCAUGUCAACCCUCCCUGUGUUCCAUCCGCACAUUCCGUCGACGUAUGGUAUGGCUCGAUCGCUUCUCAACACAUACCAGUCGUUGCAGAUUGCCAUCCGACACCGUGGCAUGGGUGCGAUGUCCUUUGAGCAGAUGGUAUUCAAACCAGAGGACCUUGAGGUUCCGACCCCCGAUGAUUGGCCGGACCUCAUCGCGCCUACCCCUGGAAAAGUCAUUCAAUCCAUGCGGGUGGCCCUGGUGAACAACACGGCGGCAAGGUUGACGAGAGAGGACCUCAAGCUGCCACCGGGCUUCGCCAUGCAACGACGAGUGACUGAGUUCCGUAAGCCGGAGGAAGAUCCAGUGCAGAGCCUGAUGGGGCUCACCGAUGACUUGAGCUACGGCACUACUGGUCGAUCUGGGGAUGACAGAUUGUCCCAGUUCCAGCGUAGUAUGGCAGUACAGCUGCGGAACACUGCUGGAUUCCUUGCGAGUGAGUUCCAGAAGCAUGCCCGAUCUAUUGCCGCUUCUUCCUCGCGUCGCAGUGAUGCUUCAGGUGCCCUGAGUAGCCAGGGUGAUGGCGCGGCGGACAACGAUCUUCCGUCCACUGAACAGGUUAGUGUUGCAUCUGAGCGCGCGUUUGCGCCGCCUCCGCCAAACGUGGCUCCUCCUCCUCCGCCUACUGCGGCAGCACCUCCGAGGGCGUCCGAAGAGAGUGCAAAGGAGGAUGACGAUGAUACCAAAAUGGAUGAUGACACGGCCGGUCAGAAACCCGAGCAGAAACCAGAGGAGGACGCAGAUAUGGGUAGCGGGAAGGAGCUGCAAGACGAGGUCCCCGGCAAGGCCCCGCCGCCAGCUGCCCGAACCGCUGAGAGCCCUCCGGAACACGGCCUGCGUUCCAGUCCUCCGAAUGACAUGGUUGCUCAGGGAGCCGCGCUCUCCGGUGCUCGAGGACCGGAAGUCGAUAUUGAUCCGGCCAGCACCACAGCCGAUCAGGCGGCAAAUGAUCCGAGAAACUGCCGGAUCGAGGGCCCUGGUAUCAAGGCGACAACGAUUCAUCGCCCCGAUCAGCUGCCCGAAAGGGGUAUUGACUCCAUUGCGCCAAUCGUGCAGUACGAAAUGACGUCUGUCCCGAUUGCACUGCCAGAUUUCGUCGUUCCGGGACUCGACAUGGGCAUCGAUGACUCCGUCCAUGGUCGGUUGGUCUCUGCGACCUGUCUCCCACCGACUGACGAGCAGCGCAAGUAUUCAAGACGCCGAUUUGCUAUGCUGUCCUCGAAUCAGACAGUGUACCUGGGUAUGGCGCUUCACAAGAAACCGCUUAAAGGAGAACACGAUUCUUUCCUCCGGCCGGAAUCUUAUGAGGACUGCCGCGAGAUCCAUGAAGCUGUCCGAGCCUACAACGCCAAGGAGGCGACAUACCGAUCUAUCGGCGGAACAUCAGUGUCAUGCAGCCGAUUGCUCAUCGAUGACGCACAAAAUAUCCCUGCUGCCAGGAUUCCGGACGCAGGCAUGAUCAGUUUGGUGCGUAAGCUGCUGUUCCGAGUGCUGACGCAAACAAAGGAGCGUCCAUCCUCGACUGCCGUCGGAGCACAGAAUCGCCCCCAGGACAAAGAGAGGGGCGUCCCAUUGUAUUCAUUCCUCGACCAGAGUGGCAUCAUCGCUUUCGAUGUCAUUCCGAUGUACAUGGAACGCGAGAGGGAAUACAUGAAGGCCAACGCUGGCGAGUUCAGCGGCCGGACGCUUCUCCAGACUAGCAUUCUGGACGAUGACGAUAAGCCGAGUGAGCUCACCGUCCAGUGCAUUACGGAAAUUGCUCGAACGGACAACAACCGAAUGUUUGAGUUCUUCUACUCGACGAUCAACGACGAUGGAAGUCCUCAAUUUGUUGGCGUCCGAGCAACCUAUGGUUUCGGUCCCGAUAACUUCAACCGAUUUCGAUUGCUGAUCAAGUGUCAGCACGGGCCAUUCACUCAGCUCGCUCAAGAACAUUAUGUCAAUGGCGAGAGGAGACGAAAUGUGGCCCGAUAUCAUCCCCAGUACGGAUGGGGAUGCGCAACGAUUCGCGAGUUCUUCGGAUACAUGAACGAUUGCAAGCUCAAUCCCCCAAAGGGGCAGCUCUUCCUCACACUGCUCCCGUAUGCCCCUGGAUCUGGGAAGAACAACGAGUGGGAAGAGGUGUACAUGAACGUCCGAAUGAACCCGGGACGUGAGACGCUCUCGAACACCGCGUCAUCACAAAGCAUGCUCCCCGAAGGUAUGGGGUCCAACCGCAUGAUUGUGUUCGCGAUCGAUUUGCGCAUGAUUGCAGCAGGUAUCAAUCCGAUUGCAUUCCAUCCGAGAGGGUACUAUGCGAUCAAGGACAGUAUCCCUCUCGCAUGUAUGCCGAUUGCAUACUUCAUGGAUACGGGAUCUCUAGUGUUCAACACGGCCUUCAAAUACAUCGGAGGCCCGAAGUUUGGCACUGGACCCAAGAGGGGAGACCACAGACGAGAAACGUGGCCACUCGCUAGCUUCGACUGCCCCAUGUGCGGAGCUUCAUUCCCUGUUGGUCUCCACAUGUGUCACUCUUGCACUAAGCCGAUUCACUAUCCUGAUGGGAUGUUCUACGCUGAUCCUGUGAACCCCUUCCAGGUCGAAUAUUACGGAAGUCAUGCUGAGUGGCUCAAUGAUCUGAUCGAGCGUAAUAAGCUUACCGAAUUCAAGCUUCACGAGUUUCCUGCGAUCAAGCAGCUGAGGAAUUUCCCGGUGUCUAGGUCUCUCGCUGAGGACCAUAGGCAGACCGCAUUCUUCGGAGUGCCACCGAUCAAAUGCACCGCUGCUGACACAUCGCCGAAGGAAGUGGAACUGUUCAAAAGAAGCGUGCGCGGUACGAUUCAGGGCGCCAUUCGCUUGGACAUUUCCAUUGAGAGGCUUGUUGCCGGUAUCACUGGCAAGGAAGCUCGAUGUGGAGUAGAAGACUUCUUCAACUCACAGUCGAUCGCAUGUGCUGCCACGAUUGUCAAGCACUUUGGAGCGGUCUUCGCCACAUGUCGCGAAAAGCCGUUGUGCUACUAUGCACGUUGGUCGAUUCACUGCCAGCGCGCAUAUCGAGUCUGCCUGUCGCGAGGGUAUCUAUCCCCCUAUUACACAGGUGUGACGGUCGAUUAUACCGUCGACCAAGAGAUGGCAGAAAAGAUCCGACUUGCUCAUCUGCCCUUGCAAAACGCCAAUUUGGCGAUGAGGCGGCACAUUCGACUCUCCACCGAGUUUGGAACGUUGGAUGAAUUCCGUGCCACUAUCACGCAUACGCAAAAGUAUCAACGAUACAUGCGUGUCGACAGUGAGAGCCUUUCCGCGCUCCUGGCCAAGGUUACCCUUACCACAUGCUACGGCAUUCCGACAAAAGGUGAGCCUGGCUAUAUCUCUGACGAUGAAGCAGAAGAGAUCGAAGGAGCCGCAGCGGCAAGCGAGAAGCCCAAAGGGAAAGGCAAAGGGGAAGACGAAUCCAACUUCCAAGCCAUCAACUGGCGUGAGUUGGAUCCCUUAGGACGGAAACUUAUUCCGCAUCACUCUGAUCCCCGAUUCACGAUUAUUGCUGAGGGGAAUACGGCACUCCUUGAUGCAGCCGAGACGCCGGAAGAGACGCGUAAGGAAUUCAAGGAGUUCGUUCGCGAUCACUCUGUCAAGAUCAAAGAAUGCUUUGACGACGAUCGUGCGACAGAGAAGACAUUCUUCAAUCUUGUUGAAGGAGUCAAGGAUCAGCUUCCCGAUGCAAAUAGCACUGACCCGCUUCUGAUGAAAAGGGCUGAGGACGUCUUCGAGGCUCUCCCCGAUGAACUGGAUGAUCCUCCAAGAGUGUUCGAUGUUGCGGCUCGCCAGGCACGACGGCGAGACCCUGCACCUCAGCGCAGAGUGCAGGUCACCGAGCAAAGACAAGCGCCGAUCCCCGAGGCUCAUGCCGUUCCCAUUCCUACGGAUGACGAGGAUGAGGAUGAUACUGAGCUCGAUCGAGCGGUACGACCCGAUCCAACAUCACAGCGCACCGGACGAGAGCAUCUCGGAGGUGUCGCUCCCGAGACGACUCCGCCUCCGCCUCAUAACAUGCCGCCGCCAUCAAAUUUGCCGACUCGAAAAUCACAUCGGCAAACAGGCUACAGCGCCGCCCAUCCUGAUGGAGAACCGUUAAUGGUGUCGGGGAGGGCAGAAUACUCCGAUCGAAUGCGGUUGCCCUCAGUGUUGCGAAUGAAGACUCGGGUUCCGGAGUCGGAUCUGGAUAACCCGACGAUUGAGGACAUCAUUCGCAUGUAUCAUGCGCCGAACACGCUUUCCAUCAUCAGGAAGAAAGCCGCAGCCGUCAUCAUCGCGAUGGGCGCAAAUCCCGAUGACGAUAUUAAUAUGAGGGCGGCCGGCGUUACUGUUCCCCAUACCGGGAAUACGGGGACGGGGCGAGCAGCAUCGCCUGGAAGUACGUCCGCUGCUACACAGGAGCGGAUUAAUCCCCAGUUCCCGGCACCUAGCGUUCGCACUGCGUCGAAUCCGCCAUCGAAGUUGCCUCGCGAUGAAAAGUGGGCUCCCUCGAUUGCGCGACCAGCGCCGGCUCAGGUGAUCAAAAGUGCAGAAGCACGGGGACGCACGCAACAGCGUGCUGCUGAACAGAAACGAAUGUUGCUCCGCCAGCUCCUUCCGAUACUGCCUCUUCGGAGCCGCGAUCUCGAACGAUGGGCCAAGAAGGCGAAGUGCAAGUCCUUUCGUCUCGAUCCUGAGCCGGAGCCUGCUCAGUUGCGACGCUGGAUCGUCGAUAUGAAAGAGCGAGUCGCGAAUGCAUUCGCCUACGAUCCCGGAUACGCACUAUCAUGGGUUGAGAUUCCCGAUGGUACACGGUAUGAGGAUCUCCUCGAUGAGUGCAAGUACGGAAUGCUUGAAAACGAAUGCAACUCUGCGUUCCGUGAGUGCGUCCGAUCCAUUGCACUGAAGAAUAAGAUCCAGACCGAGACCGAGCGCAUGCAUACGAUAAACCGGCGACUCGGAAGUAGGCAGAUCUUGUGGCUAUUAUAUGAUUUCCUUCGACCACAUGUCACCGGCGAUUCGACUUUCAAGCUCGUUGACCUGAUGAAGACCACGAUUGAUCGGUUUACUCAUGGAUCCGAGCAGGAAAGGUUAGAAGCCUUCUCCAAUCGGUGGGAUCAUGUUCUCGCUGGUAUCUCAGUCGAUCGCUCCGAGGAUCCUGUUCUCUGCGCUCUCUUUUAUGAGCAGGUGCGUGAGUUCCGCUGUCUCGAGCUCGACAUGCAGCUAUGGGACAGGGACGUAUCCGUACGGAACUACGCAUACUUGCGAACCGUCUGCGUCAAUGCGAUUACAACUUGGCGCCGACGACGCAAUCAGGAGAAGAUGUACACCGCUACGAGGUCUACUUCUGCGCAGAGACGAUACGCUGAGCUCGCCGAGGCGCUCGUCACCCAGACGAUCCUCCCCGCGACGCGGAUCGCCAAGACGAUAUUCCCGCAGUCCGGGACGAGCAGCUCCCGCACCGACUCGCCCAAUGUCGCGAUCCCCGCGAGAGCACCCCUGCUGCCGCUCCUGCGCCUGCUGAGCCCGCGCGUCAAGGCAAUGACAGCAUCCUCCUAUGGAGACUUCGCCUUCGCUUGCGUUGCAUCAUUCGAUAUGGCAUGUCCGUCAGUCAAGCGGAAGACAGUGUCGUUUGGGAAUACUGAGACCCGCGUGAUAGAGUCUUCUUUCCCGGAGCCAAACUUCGGUCCCGUCAAUCGCGAGAGGAAUUUGAACUAUUCGUGGCCGGAAGAUAUCCGUAGUCUGAAUAGUGCUCGCGAGAGGCGAAGGGCGCACAUGAAGGCUGUGCUUUGGAGAGAGCAGGUUUUGCUCGAUGACGUUGAUGCCAAAACGCUAGGUAAUGAUGCUUGUGUUCUUGAGCUCACGCUUUCUCAGCGGAGCGCUUGCGAGGUCUUUGCUGCUGCUGUCAAGUCUAUUAAGAGGGUCCGGAGACUAAUGCUCGACUCCGGUUGCGGUAUAGACCUUAUUGGUCUCGGUGAUCUGUCCCGCGAAGAAAGGGACCUGAUAGUUCAGAAUGCUAAGAUCAGCCUUAGGACCGCCAAUGGGAAAACUAACACCAAAGGUGUUGCCCAUAUGCGCAUUGACGGCCUCGAUGAGCUGAUUGUAGUCGCGGGUCGACCUGAUCUCCCUCGUGUGUAUCCGGCACUCCCAGCACCGAUCAUUAUUCACGAGAAAAUCGUGGCUGCGGGUGAAGAACCUGUGGGCGAGCUAGACGACAUUGGUGAGCUCGAUCUUGAUAUGCCUGGUGCUAAGAGUGCCCAGAAAAGUGCACCUGACGAUAUCAAGAAGGUGCCUAGCAAGCCUAAGCAUCAGUCGCCGCCCGAUGAACCGAGAGCGCGCGAUCUGAGGGAGGAGGCUAAGUCCAUCCGUCACCUUAUGACCCAUCUACCUAAGAAUCCCUACUGCGAUGCAUGCCAACGUGCAAAGAUGGAAAACGUUAAAUCGUUUCGCCAAGACUCACCACGCGAUAAAGGGUUUGAGAAAUUUGGCGAGCACGUCACCAUCGAUACUAUGGUGUUGCACUGGCUUGGCAAUCGUGGGAAUAAUGGGGAAACAGAUGCAGUUGUCUUCUAUGAUCUAGCGACCGAGUGGUUAGAGAGUGUUCCCGUCAAGGGGAGGACGAAUGCCGACACGCUUCGAGCGUUCCAGCAGGUUUUCGGCGACCUUCAAGAUGUGAACUCGUUCUCCAUGGAUGUGGAGAGAAGGUAUGCACCGUCUCCGGGAAAUCUACUGUGA